AUGUCCCAUGUCCCACCUCCCCUCAAUCUUAUCCCACCAACACCACUAAAAGCUGAUGACGAUGCUUCUCCACAUAGCACCCAAGGUGGCCACACAUUUACAAGGGCAUCGGGUCAGCAACUGGACUUAAGCUACCACCCCGCCAAUGGCAUUCAAGAGCGGUUCCCGGAAAAGAAUUCCAACCACAUUGAUCACAAGUCAGGUGGACUGGAGCAAUCCUUGAUGGGGCGAAGGUCAUCAGAGGCCAAUGAGAAGCUCGAAGAAGGAUUUGCACUGCUUGAUCACAUCUUCAAUGACUUAACCAAGUCUACCAUGAUGCCAACUAAUCAGGUGAUCAACACAUUCCUGAAGAGUCAUGGACAGGAGGUUCACAGCAGGAAUUAUUGGAACAUUUAUGCAAACUACUUCAAGGCGUACAAGGAGCGAGAACUUGCGCGGCUCAAGAACGGUAAAGGUAAAGGCAAAGAAACUCAAAAUGUAGAGCUUCAUGGUACACCAGCUCUACAGACGAGUAGCAAGCUUGGUAUGCUCGAUUCUGCUUCAAUGAGAUUUGGAUUUGAGGCAGCUGUUGUCUUUUGUGGCAAUAUCAUCAACCAGGAUGCCUCUCUGGAUCAUGUACACACAACGCAGUCUGCUGCAGGGGUCUUUGAGAUGCACUGCCAUGCAAAUGACGAUACCAUCAUUGGGCAUCUGAAAGCUCAUGCGUUUAAUGCAACGUCACUCUCAGUGGUUGAAGACACAUUUUGUGAGGGUGAAGAUGACAUCUGCGAUGGGGAUGCUUCAUUCUUGAAGGAUGACAUGCCUGACAUUCAAGCUAUUGGGGAUCCACUCAAGUGGCUCAAACAAGAACUCAGCCUGACAAGUUGUGUACUCGCCAAUGAGAACCUUUGUAUCAAGGGAUACCCAGCACAUAAAUGUCUAUUACCUGGGAAAUACCAUAACAUUAAUGCAAAAAGCAAAGGGGCACUGAUUGCAUCAGAGAUCCCUAUGAUCACUGGUGAAGCACCUCCUUCAGACUACCCUCAUGCUAGAGCCCAACAAAUGUUUGCCAACUGUCACACAGACUAUAAUGGACCUUCUCAUGUGAAGAUCAGCACUGCAACUACCAAAGUCAAGAAGACUCAAAACACCCGCAAACUGCCCUCAAAUUCUCAACAGGAAUCUACUACCACUGGACUUCUACUGCCAAAGCCUCCUCCCUCGCACCUAUUUAUAGUGGUUCCUAGGCCUCCAUCAGCUUCUCCAAAGCUUUCGCCAGGACUUCUACUGCCAAUGCCUCCCUCGCACCCAUUUAUAGUGGUUCCUAGGCCUCCACCAGCAUUGCCAAAGCCUUCGUCAACUGAUGUGAUCAAGCUUUACAUAUCCGAGUCCGAAGAUGAGCCUCGUGAGAUGGUACCUGAGACAGGAUUUGAAGAUGCAUUUCAGGGGGAAAAGAGAAAGGUGGCAGAUAGUAGGCCACAUCAAGUGUUGAAGAGGUGCGCGCCAUCUGCUGAGGAUCAAGUGGAGACGAAUGUGACAAAGAAAAAUGUGAAGGCCCAGACUAAGAGAAAGGUUAAGGAGAAGGUCCAAGGAACUAUGAAGCCAUUGCCUGCUCCAGGGGCACCUCCCAUAAAAGGUGGUCCUUUGUCACCUCUGACUGUAUCAUCUUCAAGUGAUGAGCUGCUUGCUCGUGUAGGGACAUCUCAACUUCAGCAUGCCAAGAGGCUUCGAGAUGGCCCCAUCAAACCACACCCGAUCAUUCCAGGAUCUCGGUAUAUUCUGAGCCAUACACAUCGCAUAAUGUAUAGCGAUGAGUCAGAAGAGGGUAACAAACAUGUUGCCAAACAGGUUGCCGAGAAGGCUGCAGAUGCUCCUGUCAUACCACCUCCACUGGCAAACGUGCAGCAGGCAAUAAAUGAGAAGUACUCAUCAGAUGCCAUUGCCAGUGAACAAGGUCCAGUGCAGUCACCAAUUCCUCAGCACAGACCAUUGUAUGAAGACAAUUCACACCAAGUUCUUCAUCACACCUCCAGUGAGCCUGUUGACUGCCUACCUGAGCCUAGCGACCCUCCCCAGCACAUUCCUGAGCCUAACAACCCUCCCCAGCAUGGUCCCAAGCCUAAUGACCCUACCCAGCAUGGUCCCAAGCCUAACAAACCUCCCAUGCGCCUCUCCAGAGACACCAGCCGGAACCCUUCUGACCACGAUCAACGUGCACCUCAUAUGCCCUUCACACACAAUCUUCCACUGGCAGAGCCUCAGCACCUAGAGUCCCACGAGCCUGUUCUUCGCACAUCUGGUUGGCAUGAGCCUCCUGAUCGUGGAUAUGACACUCGGGAGACUAAGCGAAAUGAUAUUUGUAAUGGGCCUUACUACCCUCACAAUCCCAUUCAGUACCACCAUGGUCAUGAUCGUGAUGAUACUUACACAUGCGAAUUAUCUCCUUGGAAUCAUGAUGGAGUCGUUACAUAG